ACAAAAUGAUGAAGAAAUUGAUGAUAGUGUUUUAAUAAUAGUGAAGAAAAAAAUAAUAACGUUGGUCCAAUCUGUUCAGAAACUUAAAUAAGAAAAAAGAAAAACAUUAAAACAACAGCAACUUGAAGUAUUUUUUAAAGACUUUAGUUUCGACAAUACUAGAUAUGUUAUUACUGGAACUGCAUCGUGCGUUAUGGAUUAGCGAAAAUGUGUGUUAUAGUCGGAACUAACAUUAAAAUAUACUGAGUGAGAAACCUGUUGAUAUUAAUUUCAUACAGUGAUAAUAUUACCAUGGCUAAGCCCUUAGACGAACGUGACGCUAACUUGUUAAAUAUGUGACAAAAUUAAAACAUCCAGUUUUCGGUGACGUAUAAUAUGUGGGGUGAUAUACUAGUGUGUGGAUGAAGGUGAACACGUAUGAUGAAAAUACUGUUGUAGUGAUGGAGAUGAAUAAUGUGGUAAACCCUUUAGGGAUGAAGGAGGCGAUGACGGAGGUAGAGACAACGACUGAUGCUCUACUGGAGGGUGAGGUGACCACUGACAGUCCCUGGGAGGUGGAGGGGACCACAGAACUACUGACGGACACCAUACUGGAGAUGUUGAACCUUAACGUCUCAGGAUGGGAGGGCGGCAUCCUUCCCCAGGAGAAGUGUGACUACCUGAGGGAGAUUAACUACUCACUGCCCAACUUGACGUGUUUGGGUCAUGCCCCCGAGUUCACGCCAGAGUCACAGAUCCGGAGUAUAGUGCUGGCCGUGAUGGCGGUGUUGUCUCUGGUGGGCAACACGGCUACCAUCGUCAGUAUCGCCAGGGAAAAGAGACGGUCGCGGUCCACAGUGUACACUCUCAUCCAUCACCUCUCCGUCGCGGACCUGUUUGUCACCUUCGCCUGCCUCACCACCGAGUCAGUUUGGACCUUUACAGUACAGUGGGUGGCAGGAAACUUUCUGUGUAAGUUCAUUAAGUACCUGCAGAUGUUUAGCCUCUACCUGUCCACCUUCAUCUUGGUUCUCAUCGGUGUGGACCGGUUCACUGCGGUGCGGUACCCCAUGAGACGGUCCGACACGCUGCGACACUGUAGCUAUGGCAUCAUCUUCGUGUGGGUGCUGAGCGGCAUCUUGAGCAUACCUCAGAGAUCACUUACGGGAAGAUUCAUCGGCAUUACACAUCCCUACACAGUCCUCCAAAGUCCCCCAUGGCCCUACACAUUCCUGCACAGCUCUUGA